UAAUGUUACGUCAACAAAUGAGCCAGAAAAUUCAGUGCCCUCCAUUGUUUAAUACGGAGUAGAAGGUCUUUGGACGGCACAUAUAUUCUAGGAUUUAGCUGUUUAGAAUGUCAUCUCCGUCGCCAGGGAAGAGGCGGAUAGAUACUGAUGUUAUAAAGCUAAUUGAAAGCAAACACGAAGUGACAAUUCUAGGUGGCCUCAACGAAUUCAUCGUCAAGUUUUUUGGGCCUGUAGGAACCCCAUAUGAAGGUGGUGUAUGGAAAGUUCGAGUUGAUUUACCAGAGAAAUACCCAUUUAAAUCACCAUCUAUUGGUUUUGUGAAUAAAAUAUACCACCCAAACAUAGAUGAAGCGUCUGGGACAGUCUGUUUAGAUGUAAUAAACCAAGCCUGGACAGCUCUUUACGAUUUAUCAAACAUAUUUGAGUCAUUUUUGCCUCAACUGCUAUCAUAUCCAAACCCUAUUGACCCCCUGAAUGGAGACGCAGCAGCAUUAUUCUUACAUAAGCCAGAUCAAUACAAGGAGAAAAUAUCAGAGUACAUUAGGAGAUAUGCCACUGAGGAAGCUCUCAAAGAACAAGAAGAGCUCUCAUCAUCAAGUGAGAGCAUUAUUAGUGACUUUUCAGAGGAUGAAGCACAGGAUAUGGAGCUAUGACCCAGGCUGCAAUAUUUUUAUAUCCAGAUUAUAGCUAUUAUAGCCCCUAGAUGGGAGUUUGGGCAUCCCUGUGUACAUAAGAGCUCUCUUACUCCCUCAAAAUCUCUUCAAAUAUUCGUAUGUGCAGAUGUAUUAUAUUUAUUUUCAGCAGCCUCGUUGAGGCUCAAUUGUUUUAGAGGUUUUUAAUUUAUAAAUAUUUCUGGGAACUUGAUAAUUGUGUGGAGUCAAAGACGCGGAUAGGAAGUACUUAACUGUAGCCAUCUCGUUUUUAUUCUAGCUAAUUUUACGAUAGAAAUUUCGGUGUGUGUUUGGCUGGGUGAAAAUUUUACUGGAUGCCUUAACUCCCUUAUUUCAAUUCAUUGCCAUGAGGUUAUUUACCGUCAGAGAGUGCGCGCUGGUAAGCGUCUUGUUGUCAUAGUUACAGGGGCGUAUUCAGAAUUGGAAAUUCUCCAAAAUCAUCCAGGUCGUUGUGUAUGUAAAUGUAUACUGCUAUUUUAACCUUGAAUACAAGACAUUACGGCCUAUGUGAAAAGUAAGCUACAAUACGGAUUCGAUGAUAAUAGCGUUCAUUAUCUCGUUUGUAAACUUUAAAGCCCCUGCAAACAUCGCCACAGCGUAGCCAAAAGUAAAGAUUCGCUGUUUGAAACAUGCUCGGAGGCGCAGUGCAGUAGUUCGCCAGCAUUCCCUUAUCUCAUGGUCAGCCGAGCGUAGCGUUGCAAGCUUAUGUUGGCGAUGAUUACACUGGGCUAUUUCCUCUCCUAUUGAUUCGAUUAAAGAGUUUCCACGCAUUUUAUUAGCCGCUUAAACAGCGUCUGUCAGUCUCUAUUUUGUCAUCCUAGCAAAGUACAAAGUGUGAAGAAGCAUCCAUUCCAUUGGCUGAUUUAGGGAAGCCAAUGCGACACUUUGGUAAUGCCAAUGCGAUUGAUUUGGUAAAUAAAGUAUUAAACUUUGGUUUUAGGUGGUUACUGUAUUUCGAGAUUCAUCACAUUUGUGCCUUCCAAUAUAAAAUAAAAACAAUAACAAAGGUGUGGCUGACAAGGGCGCUUUAAGUUAUAAGCCUACUAUAGACUCUUGUUAACACUAUGCGUUUACUACAGUCUCUGACUUUUUGCCAACUUGUCCAGUGAAAGGGUGUGGUGGGUGAGUAAAACAGCGCACUGUGCCCCUUUAGCUUGGUAUCGUUUUGUGGCUUAGGUAAGACAAAGUUGGGUUCCGCCUGUGCGUAAGUUACCUCUGGCGUGUUAAUUCUCUUAUCUACAGCACUGUAUAUAGAACACUGUACACCUAUAGUAUCAGCUAGAAUUGACUUGAUAUAAUGAGUGUAGUAAUUUAAUAGUUGCAUCGUAUUUUAAUAUCUGCGUAUAGGUAUGUCUAUUUGCUUGAAAUUAAUGUUUAUAAAAGGAAUCUCUUUUAAUAAAGAAAAGCCUUCCUGAUGAA